AGCCUGCACACAGGUAGCUGCCACAGGUGAGCGGCAGUGGAGGAAGAGAAGUGAACAAAGGCGGGUUGACAGAAACCUGUGAGAAAUGAAGUUAUUACAACUUCAGCAUUAGUAUGAUCUAAGAGGAAACAAAGGCGACCAUGGUAACUCUAGGAUUAUGCUGUGCCAACCUGAAGGACAACAAAGUCUUAAUGAAGAUUGGCUUGGCGUUGGUGCUGGUGGGCCAUGUCAACUUUCUUCUUGGAGCACUGGUGCACGGUGCUGUGCUCAGGCACAUCAAUGUGCAUGCUCAGGCCCGGGCCAUGGUGUAUGCCAUCGCCAAUGUCAUUGCAAUGGUUGCAGGCCUGCUGGGAAUUAUUGGUGGAAUAACAGCCAUUGUCUUGUCAAAAAACAAGAAAAACAGGAUCCUGAAAUGGGUUCUGCUAGUCUUCAGCUUCAUGGCAGGUCUGCUGGCAACUGCCUCUGCCUUGGGCCUGAUUGUGUCUAUGGUGCAGGCUAUUAUUCACAGGGGACGGAUCCUGCUGAUGCACUGCAAGUUUCCUGAUGCCACUGGCUUCUCCAGUGUCACAAACGAAUGUCCCUUUGAUCCCACCCGCGUCUACGGAACCACAGUCAUACUCUGGGUGCCUCUCAUCGUGGUGUCUGUGUUGGAGCUGGUGUUUUCCUUCCGCUGCUUUGCUGCCUGCACCUCAUUCCUUUACCUGUGUCCAUGCAGGAGGAGGAGAAGGCCUAUCCAUGCUAGGAGGGUGCGUAUCCAGAGGCCAGAUGAAACUCCAUCAUCUCCUCCCCCAGCACCAGCACCAGUGCCAGAGCCAGAGUCUGAGGCUGAGCCUGCAGAGCAGCACGAGCUGCUGGACUGUGAUUCCCGAGUGGAGCAGAGUGACUGGCUCUGAACCAGAAAACCUAGAGAUAGGUUGGAACCUGCUGAGCCUGAGCUGCAGUCAUCAAAUGCAGUGUUUUUUGCACUUGGAUCUGUCAACUGCAGAAUGGUGUGUUAGGUGUUAAAGUGGUUCUCCAUGUUACAGUUUUAGUGUCUAAUAGACAUAUUGUGAGACUUUGACCAGGUAAGGCAAUGCCAUUUGAUUUCCCCUCCAUAAAGAGGAAUACUUUAAGUGAUAAUGCAUCGCUGUUGAUUUUUACAAAUUAUCAGCAGACUGGGUAUAUUUCCAUUGUCUUAGAAAUAUACAGAACUCAUUAACCUAAGCAUGUCUUUAACACUUAGGGUUUUCACCCAAAUAAGCUUGGUCCAUCU